AUGAUUUCCUCCCCUUCCUCAGCAGCGGUAGAACCAGCUGCUGAGAAUGACGUGCAAAUACCUUUGCAUCCAACCAAACCCACUACACCAAAACCUGCCAAACCGGACUACUUUCCACUCUCACGUGUACGACAACCCAUGGGACCAGCGACCUAUCCAGGUAUUGCUGCAGCGGAAGAUGCUGCCAAUGGACUUUUAGUGAGUGAUGCUUUACAUGAUGUGACAUUUUACGCAGAAACCACCCAUUUACUUCCAGAUGCAGGUCGUCCCGUACUGAACUCUGUUCUCUUUAGUCAACGACAUAUUGUUAAUGACACUCCCUCAAUUGAAGAAGAAAUUGCUGCAAUAGAUGAACGAACGCGUUUGUGGCGUGCUACCCGCCUACAACAAGUUGCUACUGAACGUGAACACUCCCAACAAAAAAGUUCUCUUGACGAAAAGGUGGAAAGUCGUGUUAGAGAAAGGGAGGUUGCAGAGCGUGAGCGAACCCUGCGUCGCAUCUCACGUAUGCUUGAUUCUCUCAUUCCAGAUGUAGAUAAGGCACUCGAGGCUACAGAGGAGGCCAAACCUGAAACUUUGGGAGCAAGACGACGAGAAGAUUUAAUGAAACAGUGGAAAGAACGGGAAGAAUCAAAAGAGCGUCUUAUACGGGAUAUGCGUUUGGCUGAACGUCGAUUGCUUGUUGAGCGUCAAUAUAAACGGAAUGUAGAAGAACGAAACUCCCUGGAAUCACAACACUAUUUUAGCUAUAUGGAACAAUUGAUUGAUGAACGUCAGGCUUAUCGUCAAUUGAAAGAAGCAUUUUACAACGGAAAAAUUUUGAUUGGUGUAAUAGAUGAUGAAAGCAAAAUGCGAUGUAGACUUAAAAAAGAUGAGGAAAAUAGCUGGCUUGAUAUACUUGAGCAGGUUGGCAAACUUAUUCCCUUAACAGUCGCUCAACUAGUAGGGGAGAAUGCUUUGGAUACGGAACAAAUCUCUGAAGAAGUACACACUGGAAAUAACGCAGAGACAAAACCCACAGAAACGAAGAUUGAAGAAACAGCCGCACAGGAGGAGGAACCCACAAAAACAGCUGCACAGGAGGAAGAACCCACAGAAACAGCUGCACAGGAGGAAGAACCCACAAAAACAGUGGAGUCGGUUGGGGAAAUAUAG